UGGCUGAUCGGAAGUUGUUCACGCUGACACAUAAGUUGGAGUACAUGUGUCUUGCUCUUGGAGGAGAGCCUGACAAGGAGGUCCAACUCAACCUUGAAAGCAUUGAGCACUAUGAAAUCGAGAGUAAGAACAUCCAGAAUAUGCUGGUCGAGUGCAAAGACCACAUCCUAAAACUUAGCAAAGGCCCUUCUAGUAGAAAAAGAGUUAUGCUUAAUGAGAAGAUUAAUAAAUGAAUUAAGGAGUCUCAGGCAAAUCUUGAGAUUCUUAAAAUGGUACUUGAAGAUUUUGCAGCUGAGAAUUUUGCAUUUCAGCAAGAAAAUGAGGUUGGAAUGAGAGCUUCUAAGCUUAAAAUCCUGGAAGAAAAUUUAAAUAUUUUAAAAGAUGAGCAUUAUUAUAAGGCUGGAGCUGAAGAGCAGGGGCUCCUCAAACAUCAAAAUCCAGUGAGGGAUUUUGAUUUUGAGUAUGGCGAUGAAAGGAAGAAUUUAGGCAUCAAUCGAGACUCUCCGAUAUUUGUGAAAUUUGAUCAGAAUAAUAUCAAGAUCAACACAGUCUCAGCUAGCAUCUCACAAACAAUUCCAGCUUUGAAAGAUAAGAUGGAGACUGUUCAUCUUGGAUCCCUCAAAGUUUCUGAAACAAUGGCCAGUUUAUCCAAGAAAGAUUAUAAGAACUUUAAGAGAAUAAGGAACAAGCAGAAUAGCUUAAAGGUGGCACUAUAUAAGAUCAGGCCUGGUCACAAGUUCUGGGUAGAUGUAGUGCUGAUUCUCUUCUUCAUCGGUAUGCUUUCAGUGAUGGCAUCUCUUCUGAAUCGCCCUUAAUUCCAAGAGACCAUCUAUCUGGAGCAGAAGCUCCAGGUUUCAAUUAAUGUAACUCCAUGUUUCAAUUUGA